GGCCUUGGGUAGCCAGUUUAGUUAUCAGUUAUCAGUUCAGCAUAGUCUCCACCUAGUUUCUUCCGGUUUCGGCAUUGCCGUAAAAAUCAAAUUCAUAAUUUUAUCUUUUAUUUUCAAAAUUUCGAGUCGGGCUUGUUUCUACUUUAAAUUACUGUUUUUUGACCAUAUAAAAUUCGCACAUAGUCUUUUUUUUUUUGGUAUUUAACGAAAUGUCUGAGAACCAGGACAAAGAGAAAUCUGGGAAGAUUGCCCGAAACUUCCUGUACAUGUUCGAGUUUGUGGUGGACGAUUUGCUGAUCACACGCCAGAAUCUAUGCGCUCCGGAGGAGUAUCCCACCUGCACGGAGAUAACAUUCCGGUCGUCGGUGUACGUGAGCAUAUGCGACAGGGAGGUGGGAUGCUGCGUCAAUCCCUCCUCGCCCAAGUGCGGCAAGUGUGCCCUCUUCACCCUGGAGUCACCAAUCACCGACAAGGACAAGCUACUGGUGCAUGUGUAUAAGAAACGCACGGAAAGCUGUAAGUUCCUCAUCGGCCUCACGGAGGUGGCGAUAAAACCGAUCUUUGAUCGGGUUAAGGAGUCCUUUGACGCCGAGAAUCCCAAUUGGGAGAAUGCCAUGCUGGGCCACGUGGCCCAGCUGCCUCGGAUGAAGGGUCCCAACAGCAAGGGCCUGCUGGACAACUGCUCCUGCUAUGAGAAACUGAACGAGCGCCACGAACAGUGGUGUCCCACCUCCGAGCUAUCAAAGCGCCUGCUCCCCCUGUUCAAUCUCUGCAAGAUGCAGACUGGCAAUAUUGUGAUCAUCAUGCGCCUGGUCUGCAAUGGCCCAACCAUUGUCUCCUCGUUCCCCUUCAGUCGCAUCUGCUCGAGAAAUCCCAAGUCACCGCCACCCUGUCCACCUGGCGAGCCCUGCGAUCCGUGUGAUCCAUGCGGCCCCAGUGAUCCCUGCGCAGCGGCAGCUACAGCCACCGGUGGACCCAUGAACAAGAGCAACCCCUGCUGUCCGCCGCCACCGACCAGGAAAUGCCGAAUGGCGGAUCCCUGCGCCCCGCGUGUGGAGCCCGUAGCCAAGUGCCUGCGUUACUACGCCUGCAACGUGGACAAGCUCUGUCCCACCGAUUACUGUGAGGACGAGUUUGAUAGGGAGUGUCCCACUGUUCCCACAAAGCGGUGUCCUCCUUCGCCCAUCGAAAAGAAGCUCCAGAAGUGCGGUCCCUGUGGCGGUAUACAGCCUCAUCCCCGAUUUAUCCAGGAGCGCCAGGUCGCGGAGCAAUUGGGCAAGUCAAAGGACGAUACUAAGGACAAGAACGGCAAAAAUGGAAAGGAUGACAAGGGCAAGGAUGGCAAGAAGCGACAGAAAGGAGGUGCCGUCAAUUGUGUGGGCGAUCUAAGCUGUCCCUCUGCGGUCUAUGAAGUUGGAUGUGAACCCGUUUGUGAAGGUGCUUUGCAAGCAAACAAAAAGACAAGGAUCAUGCAAACAAAAGCGGCCACGGAACUGGGGAGAACUUGCGAGUCAUGUCAGGCAAACUACAAUGUGGCCUGCGAAGAUGCGCGAAAGCGAGCAAUACGGAAACUGCGCCAUUUGAUGCUGAAGUACAAUAUCCAAAUUGAUAAAUAGAGGUCUUUCAA